CUGGGUUUAAGAAAUGGGGUCGGGUACCGGUCGCCGAGCUCAACAGCAAAGCCGAAUCUUGGAGGAACCGACGAGCCUCGACGAGCGGCGUCGACGAGCACAGCCAUUGGAAAUCUUUGCUAAGGUCAGGGACCGAUAGUCGGUUGCAUCCCCAGCCGGGCUCCAGGUGUAAAGCCCCGAGCAGGCAGACAAGAGAAAGAAAGCUCGAGGCGCCGAUAAUGGAACUCUGAGGCUCGGGGCACUUUCGAGUGGCAUUGUUGGUCGCGCCCGCAUCGAUCGAAAGCGAUCGAGAGCUCGUCGUCGACCAGUCAACUGCAUUUAGAGGUCUGGGACAAACACAUCUGCUGCAGACUCUCUGCAGACUGCGAGCCGUGCACCUUUCCGAGUAAUUAGCGAUUCGCGACUUAAGUCGGCAGUUGUACCGGCGAAUUGUCUGUGGAUAGUGCAUCCCGAACCCAGGGCCUGCAUCGAACGUGCAGUUGGUAAAUAAUGGAAACGGCUUUAGUCGCGUCGUAGUUGUUGAGUUGCGAUGAUGAAUUAAUUGUCGACCCGCAGUGGUUGACAUUUGCGCUUUGGCGGAUUUUCUUUAUUCCGGCGAGUGUGGGAGAGACGGCCCUGCGUCGCGGUCAACUGGCGUUUGAGCUUGUGGGCGACGAGGUUUUGUCUCGUAAUGGCAGUCGCUUGGAAUCCCGCUGGGCCCUCCGCUGCGUAAGCGAUGCUCCGUGACGAAGAAGCAGCGAUUCGGGCCGCUCUGAUGCCGUAUAAGUGGCCUGCUCUCGGUUGUUGAAUAAUGCCAGUGGAUGCUCGAACCGAGGCCCCGGGUCAACAUAACGAGCGCAUCCCAAUUGACGGAGACAAAUCGUCAAGGCUGCCACUGCGGAGCACUCUUGUGGGGCAUUGGGUGCGCAGGGAUUUGACGUAGGAUUGACGGGUCCAGCAACGCAGUCUAACGAUUUCUCGCAUUCUACCUUCUUGGGGCGUGAGUGCAACGAUACUACCACCGUAGAACGCCAUGGCAAGUCUUGGCCUGAUGAGCGUCUGCGCCAGCGCUUCUGCGGGUAGGUUCCACCGUAGUUCGUCGAAUUCCGCUCUAGUGUUGUGUAAACUACCCGUUCCUUCGAGCAUCGAGAGAGAUCAAUGCCGGAUCCCGACAUUCGCUGCGGGCGAAACAACGACUGCAAACCUAAGGCAAUUGAGUUCUAAACUGAAUGCGCUGAGUGUCCGCGAAAGCCAGCAUGGCGGCAACACCAACAACAAACCGGUUGAUAUCUGUCGAGACAAAACCGUCGGAGAGGAGGACUUCGGUUUGUCACGAGACGGAUCGGUUUCCAACUUGAACCUGGGAGCUGAUGAUCAGGUUACCGCUAGUUGUGGCAAUUCGUUAUCUUACGACAAAAAGGAGGACAUUCGCAUCCGCCGGCAGCUUGAGACGUUGGCUGCUCUGAGGCAAGGACGGAUCCUGGGCGACAGCCAAAUUUUCCGACAAACUUGUGUUAUCCGCUCGUAUGAAGUCAACGCGGAGGGGAGGACAUCUGUGGAUACAAUCUUGAGUCUAUUCCAGGAGGUUGCUCUGAAUCAUGUGUCGCUUCUCGGAAUAAGUGGAACUGGGUUUGGUGCCACGAAGGGGAUGAACGAAAAUCGGUUGAUCUGGGUCAUCACACGUCUGCAUGUUGAGGUUGACCGCUACCCCGCAUGGCCCGAGGCAGUGGAGAUAGAUUCUUGGGUGGCAAAAUCUGGCAAGAAUGGUAUGCGCAGAGAUUGGCUAUUGCGGGAAUAUUCAACGGGACACGUCAUUGCGAGAGCUACCAGCACGUGGGCUUUGAUGCACGAAGACACUCGAAGACUAGCGAAGCUUCCAGACGUAGUCAGAGAUGAAAUCACGCCAGUCUUCAUCGAACGAUGUGCUCUGCAUGAAGGGGUCUUCGAUCGAAUAUCCAAGCUGGAUGACACAGCAGAUUACAUCAAGUUGAACUUGACUUCCUGCAGGAACGACCUGGACGUGAAUAAACAUAUCAACAAUGUCAAGUACAUGCGAUGGGUGAUGGAGAGCGUGCCUCCCUCGACAUCGGAGACCCAUGAAUUGAGCACCGUCACGCUGGAAUAUAGACGAGAGUGCCAAUUGGAGGAUAUCGUGGAGUCUCUCACAAACUCGACGGCUGUCGUCGGCAACAUGCAUCCAUAUCAAGAAAACCGAGUCCAAUCCUGUCACCACAUUGAUGGAACUGCGAUACCCAGCGGCUCAAAUAAGACAUCCCAAAUAAUACCAAAUUCCUCGGAUCGAGAGCAGCAGCAGCAGCAGGGCAGCGAGUUACAAUCGUCGACUCUCCAGUACACUCAUCUGCUCCGCAAGCAGUCCAACAGUGACGAAAUUGUCCGGGGCCGAACCGUCUGGACUGCCAAGUCCAAGAAAUCCAAGAACCUGGAGCACGACAGAACUCAUUCGUGAUUUGUGAUCCCCCCAGUGAACCAUCGUUCAUCGACCAUCUAUCUGAUCAUCAGCGAGCCUGGGCCCAGGUAGCGCAUUCCCUUGCAUUCAGCCAGAAGAAACUGGAAGACAGAGGCUUGAUGGCAUCAUUGAAGCUCGCGGGCACAGCGUCGGUCAAGGAGCAGCAGUCUGAGAAUUGGUCUUCUCCGAAUCAGAACCAGAACCAUCAUCAAAUCUAGCCUCGUUGCGGGCUCACACAGCAGCGUGUAAAAUCCACAUACGUACCUGUAACCGUAGCUUGAGGUGUAUAUAUUCCUUAGACAUAUUUUUAGUUGUAUUGUUAAAGGUACGUAACUUUGUAACUGAUUGGCCGAUUUUUCCUCGUCGUCCAAGGACGUUGUGGGAAAGCUGACCCAUACAUAGUAAUCCAACAAUGUUUGUAAACG